AUGGAUCCUGAUCUGACAGAAGCUCGGGGACGAAUGGACUCUGCACUGCCUUAAGACAGAAAGAAACACACUACAGUGUCAUCUCGGCAGCGUGAAGGAACUUUACAAAUGCCUUGAACAUGGGAAAGGCUGGUCGAACAGCAGCGAUAGCUUUGUGUGUUUGGAGUGUCUUCAUGCAGUUUAGUCGCCUGUCAGGUCUUGGGGUCAAUGAACUGCUGUAUUUCCGGGUCAUCAGUCCAGAGGAGAUAGGCUACCUCUUCAGUGCUGCACCUGCUAAAGACUUUGGAGGCACUUUUACAUCAUUUUAUGAUGAGAUUUUUCUCGUGCCAGCAGACCCUGCAGAUGGCUGCUCAGAUAUGAAGAACAGGGAUAUCCUUCAGGGACAAGUAAUCCUGGUGGAAAGGGGAGGUUGCUCCUUUGUACAAAAAGCCCGACACGUGGAGGAAGCAGGUGGAAAAGCUGUUCUUAUUGCUGACAACGCAGAGGAUAACGACAGUCAGUAUCUUGAUAUGGUCACUGAUGGAAGCACUUCUAAACCAAGCAUACCUGCUCUUUUCUUGCUAGGACGUGAUGGGAUGAUGAUAAGAAGAUCUCUUCAGAGGCAAGCACUGUCUUGGGCUGUCAUUUCAAUUCCUGUCAACGUUUCUGCUUUGGCCUCCUUCCCAUUCAAGCAGCCUCCAUGGACACUUUGGUAGAAAUGACUCACCCACCAGUAAACCGUCUUUCAUUAGAUCAUAUAAUGUGAACUGUGACUAAGCCUGAAGCCUCACAAGGAAAUUUUUGAUUAUGGUUAGAUAAAUUCACAGGUACCUGUGGUAAAGCACUAAAUCUAACAUAUAGUAUGAUUGCACUCUGAGCUUCUGGCAUAUGGGGGAAACUUCUUCAGCCACUGAACUGACAAAAAAAAAAAA